CUACUCUUUGGAUCAAUAAACAUAGGAAACAAUUUAAAAAUACAAUAGCUUUGAUGUGAUUUAUUGGGAAAGUACAAUUUUCUUUGAAUUAACCGUACAUUUUCAUUUCACAAUAAAGUAUUGUAAAUAUUAUUUUUAUAUUUUGUUUUGUUUGAAGUGCCUAUGCGGCUAUGUCUAUCAUAAAAAUGUCUAGUAAAUCAUUUGAAAAUCAAUUUGAUGAUUUUGCGCCUAUUUCGGCAUACAAUAUCCUCAACGAAAGGAGAGACGCGAUUUCGGAAGAACUUUAUACAAAAUUACAAAACUAUAAAAGUGAAAAAUUGACAUACUUAUUAGCUAAGCCAAAGAAGGAUAUAUUUCACCAUGAUGGGACAGUUUAUACAGGUUCUGCUGGCUUGGCAUUAUUUUUUUUGAUGUCGUCAUUAGGUAAGAAUGAAGAACAAGAUAUUUUGCAGGUAUGGUAUUUUAAAGAAGGCAUUAGAAUAUGUUGAAAUUAAAAAUAUCAAAGGAAAACGUAUAAGCUUCUUGUGUGGUGAUGCUGGUCCAUUGGCAAUAGCUACUGUAAUUUCUUACAAGCUUGGGAAUAGACGCCCAGAUAGUCUGCCUCAGUAUGGAAACUUAGCACAAAGAUUAACAGAUCUUAUAGCACUGUUAAACAAUUCACCAGAUGAACUACUGUAUGGUAAGGCUGGAUACCUUUAUGCUGUACUCUUUGUUAACAAACAUGUCAGUGGAAAUGGAGAAGACCUAAUUCCUGCUUCUCAUAUUGUACAGAUUAUUGCCUCUAUCCUGAAAUCUGGGAAAGAGUUUGCACAACAAAAGAAAUCUGAGAGUCCACUUUUGUGGCAAUGGCAUGAAAAAAUAUAUCUAGGGGCAGCGCAUGGCUUAGCUGGGAUUUUGUACAUGCUACUGCAGGCUCGUGAAUACAUCGAUGCGAAUGAUGUACGAGAUUAUAUCAAACCUUCAGUUGAUUGGCUGCUAAAUCAAAAAUUUUCUGGUGGCAACUACCCAUCCUCCUUAGGAAGUGCGUCUGGUGAUAGAUUAGUGCAAUGGUGCCACGGCGCGCCCGGAUUUGUGCCUCUGUGUUUAUUAGCUUAUCAGGUAUUCAAGGAAGAAAAAUAUCUUGAAACUGCCAUUCAGUGUGGAGACGUGAUCUGGCAAAGAGGAAUAUGUACAAAAGGUUAUAGCCUAUGUCAUGGAGUGAGUGGCAAUGCAUACUCAUUCCUGCAACUUUAUCAAGCCACUAAGAAUCCACAGCACCUAUACAGAGCCUGUUGCUUCAUGGAGUGGUGUGUGGCGGAGCGUCCAGGAACAGAGUUGCAUCGCCCGGACAGACCAGCCUCAUUAUUCGAGGGCUUGCUAGGACGUAUAUACUUGGCUGAAGAUAUAAUACAUCCAUUACAGUCAAAAUUUCCAGCAUUUUGUUUGUAAAAAAAGGUAUCUCACAUAUUUUAAAUGACUUCGUGAAAAUGACUAUCAAAUUAUGGUUAAAAUUGGCUAAGACCUCAAUUUAAGUAGAGGCAUUAAAUCUUUAUCAUUCGCA